AUGCUUUCAAAAAGCAUGCCGAAUUCAUCAAAUUACAAAUCCUUUUCACUACAACAGUCUAAACAACAUUCCUCUAAUUUCCCUUGGUCCCAAAAGAAAUUGCAUACUUUUAAUCCUUUUCCAAGAUACAAUCACUCUGCGAGUGAAUUUGAUCAUAAUGACUCAAUUAUAAUAUUUGGAGGAAUUGUAGGAGAAAAAACAACCAAUGAAGUUUAUGUGGUUGAAGCAACAUAUGGAGAUAUUCCUAAACCAAGAAGCUUACAUUCUCAAAUAAGUUUUGCAACACAUAUGAUAGUGUUUGGUGGAAUUGUUGACGAUCCAAAAGAAAACAACUUGGAUGAACAUAUUUAUAUAUUUGAUAUUGUUUCAAAACAUUGGCUUAAACAAAUGAUUUGUAACUUUAAUAUUGAUGGAGAAGUUUCCACUAUUAAUAGUAGCAGCAGCAAUGGUAGCAUUGGAAGGUUUGGUCAUACUGCAACAGUAGUUGAUACAACAUUAUAUGUUUUUGGUGGUAAAAAUAAAAACAAUGAAUACUUGAAUGAUUUUUUAACAUUUGAUUUGAAAGCAUUGAAGUUACUAACUAAAAAGAAAAGCAAAUUUAAAUUUUCUUCUCGAUUCGGGGGUUGUGCAAGUCAUCAACAAAAUCAAGAUCAACAAUUAUCACAAGAAAUCAUCUCUGGUUCUUCUAGUUCACCAUAUCCAAAAAAAACAAAACUUUCUCCUGUAUUAGAAGAAGCAAUAUUAUUGUCUAGUCAAGAAUCUAUCCUCAAAUUAUCAUCAACUAAUAAAGAUGUUAAAGGUAAACAAAAAGUGGCUCAACAAGAGGCUCAACAACGACAGGCUCGAUCACAGCAAAUUCAACAAGAGGCUCAACAAGAGGUUCAACAGCAAGCUCGAUUACAACAAGCUCAACAAGAGGCUCAACGACAGGCUCAACUACAGAAAAUUCAACAAGAGGCUCAACGACAGGCUCAACUACAGCAAAUUCAAAAAGAGGCUCAACAAGAGGCUCAACGACAGGCUCAAUUACAGCAAAUUCAACAAGAGACUCAACGACAAGCUCAAUUACAACAACAAUAUUCAGCAACGACCACGUGGUGCUCGUCCAUUAGAUAA